UAAUUUGGACUGUUACUCAGCUAGCUAUGUCUCGAACUCCCCAACCACGGGCUGGUGGCUCGUUAAGGCGCUUACAGAUGGGCACCGAGGGUCUCAUAGACUUCAAUGGGAGUGGCGCAGUAGGCGGAAACGCGAGAAGCACGGUCAGUGCUGUUCGCUCCAGUGAGCGGUGCUCAUAUAUGAAAUUAGCCGAUGUCUUGAGCGGCGUUCAUCUUGUAAACCAAUCAAACCAUGUUUUUAAUGACAAUAUUCGAGCUGACAACAACCGGGACCGUUUGUCACUACACACGUUGUCUCUACUACCUCUACCACAGUGACAAAGUGUUGAGGCAGAGGACCAUGUUAUUCAAACCACUCUGAAGAUAGUGUUUUAAUCACACUUUUUAAAAAUGGACACACUGAAAUCCUCCCGUGUUUAUUUCGAACGCUAAUAAAUGUGAUCAUUAUUGAUCAUUUUAUAUACAAGGGAAAUAACUAUCUUAUUGCCAGACAGUGAGUGACACAGUAUAUUCCCAUUCACCUCAAUGGAAGUUCCAGUCACACCAAUUCUACCCUCUAACUCUACCCUGCCUACACCUUUCCCUCUGCACCCGGCCGUGGCCCCAUCAGUCCAGCUUGGAUUUACCAUCCUCUACACUACUCUCUACGGAAGUCUCUUCUUGGUAGUCUACGUUCAGCUCUGGCUCCUCUUUCUCUACCGACACAAGCGCUGGAGCUACCAGAGUGGGUUUCUGUUCCUCUGUCUUCUCUGGGCGGCUCUUCGUACCACUCUGUUCUCUUUCUACUUCCAUAAUGCCCUGGAAGCCAAUCACCUGGCCACAGUGUUUUAUUGGCUCCUUUACUGCUUCCCUGUCUGUCUGCAGUUCUUCACCCUCAGUCUCAUCAACCUCUACUUCACUCAGGUAUUACUCAAAGUGAGAGAGAAGUACAACCCUGACACUGAGCCCGGCAAUGGACUAUGUUGGGCGCGGUGCUUCUACACCACCCUGAGUGGUGUGUUCCUGUGUGUCAACGUGGUGUGUGCUGCUCUCGGCUGGAACGGGGGCAGUGGAGGAGCAGGAACUAAAACAUGGAGUCUGGUUCUGAUACGAGUGCUGGUCAACGACCUGCUUUUCAUCUUUGAGGCUGUCUGUCUAGCUGCACUACUGCUUCUGUUAACCCGACGUUCCCCAUCCACCAGCCCUUACCUGCACAGUAAGGGAACAACAGUGUGCCAGACUGCAGUACUGGGAGCAGGUGUAAUAUUGCUCUUUGCUAGUCGAGCAUGUUACAACCUGGCAGUUCUCAUACUGUCCCAGAAUCACAGAGUGGAGUCCUUUGACUUUGACUGGUACAAUAUCUCUGACCAGGCUGACCUGCGUAGUGAACUGGGAGACCGGGGUUACUUGGCGUUCGGUGUAAUUCUCUUCAUAUGGGAGCUGCUUCCCACCAGCCUCCUCAUCCUCAUCUUCAGAGUCCGCCAACCGCCUCAAGAAGAUGGCUGUAGUAUGCCCAACAGCAACAGAGUACCGCGCCCGUACUUCUUUGAUGACCCAGCAGGGGAAGACGCUGACUCGGGUGUUCCUUGGGUCAACAGCUCACAUCCACACCAAAGCUGGUAUGGAUCCAUCAAGGAGACGACACCUCUCGUCUUCGCCAGUAACCCUCUGGACCAGAACCAACACCACUCCUUUUACUCUACACCACAGAACUAACUGACCCUCUGUCCCAAAUGGCACCCUAAUUCCCUUUUUAUAGUGCACUACUUUUAACCAGGGACCAUAGGGCUCUAGUGAAAUGUAGUGCACUAUGUAGGUUAGAGGAUGCCAUUUGGGACGCGCCUUGAUCCUGUCUGCAGUGAAAUGCUGAAGCGCUCUAUCUCAGGUUGCUAAAAAGGUGCUGCGCGGUCGAUCCAACAUCUACUUUGGUCAUGCAGCAUUUACAGGGAGUUGGCGCGUCCGUACUUCGCCGAGCUGUUGUCAAGGAAGUGAGUUUGUGUUUUUAUACAGAACCUCCCGCCCUCGCCUACUGUCACCCAAUCAUGUCAAUGCGGAGCCCUCCGCAUUGUUACAACAUUUGGGGAGGUGCACGGCGAUUGUGGUCCGGCGCUCAGUUUGGCCUCUGGAGGCUCUGCAAUUGUCACAACCUCCCAUACGGAGCCUCAAACCACAUUUUCAAAUCCAGCAUAAAUUGGCUUUGAUCGCUUCCAGUUGCAGACAGCAAUACCUCCACUCCAAUUGACUGGUGUUUUUGCACACAAAAAAACAACCUCAUCACUAAAUAGAGUAACUAUGCACCUUUUAUUUUAUUGAUCAACUGAUGUUUUUUUGUGGGUUUUUUAUUCCUAUGAUUGGUCGCAAUGUGUUUUUGUCCUCUGACCUGUGUAUUCAUUAGAUUUGAUUGCAGUCUCUGUGCUAUUUCAUGUCGACUCCUUGUCAGUCAAUGCCAUGUCAACGGAGGUAGCAAGAGGACAAACACUGACACUCAGGCUAUAUUCAUUCCAUUAUAGAAAGUUUAUUUUUCAACUUUUCUGUCGGGACUAAAUGUCAUUUAUUUUGUAAAGGUAUUGUUUCCUACUUGCCGUCUAGCUUAAAGGCACUGUAAAAUCGGCAUGACCACUUUCAUAAGUAAUGCAGACAACAGAUUAGUUGUCAUUUUAUGUGAUGGUACAUUGAAGUAAACUAACUUAUUUAAUCAGAUAUCACCUGUCGUUUUUAGCAGUUAUGGACCAAAUACCUCUUCCUUCUCACCAGCAUCCAUUUUAUAAGGGAAUUUUCUAGGUGCUUCAUAGCUAAACAGAAUAUACUCAGAUUGUGUGAUUGACACUGAACAAAAAAAAGCACAUGUAAAGAGUUCUUGUGUUUUUGAGCUGAAAUAAAAGAUCCCAGAAAUGUUCAU